UUAAAUCUCUGAUAAAACAUUAUGUGGGCAGUCGAAAACUGUGGCAACUGUAACAAUAAACAAUAGUUAGAUUAGUUAGUGCGCAGCUGCAUCUGCUGGUCGCCUAAGCAGACGCGACACCGCGCCCCGGCGACCACUUGUUGUUGUUUUUGUGGACUCUUACUGAUGCUGGAACUCGAAUUAUAAUUAAAGCAUUAAACUAUAACAAUCACAGACUGCUUGUAGGCAAAGUGCAGUAACUGCGACCCUCUUGGUGCUUGAAAGUUUAAAGUUUAAACAGAGCAAUCGCAGUGCGUCAUGAAAUCAACAUUUUGACAACAGACACAAAAUUGCCAAAAACCGAAAAGUCGUCGUCGUUGUCGCCCGCCACAGCAGCAGCAGCAGCAGUAAAACUAAUUUAAUUCAAUUUUAGAGCAACAGAGCAACGAAUACGUAUCAAUUGUGAGGGGAGAGCGGCAGAAGAGAGAGCGCACAAAUCUGCGAUUAACUAGCAAUUGCUUUAUUAUUGCCCAUUAUCCCCAGUAAAGUGCAUAACAGUUGAGACACACCCAAAGAUUAACAUUGGAUUGAAUUAUGGCGGGACAGAGCAAGCUACUGGACCCACUUUGCAUCAGCUGCAAGGACUUCCAGCAUCCAUGGACGGAUCAUUGUGCGAGUGCCACCGCGGGGAUACUGCUCUCGGCCACGCCCUACUGUCUGCGCGUCUACACAGUGGUCUAUGCCUUGUCCUUGCUGAUGCGCCAUCGUGUGCCAAAUAUGACUGAUCUCAAGCGCACCCUUUUGGGAAUCAUACAGUCGACGGCAUUCCUGGUGACCAAUGCGUACACCUUCAUUCUGUACAACUGCUUGCUCCGAAACAUGCUCGGACGCUAUCACUUCAGCACAGUGGCCUUUGUGCCCUGCUUUUUUGCCUCUUUCACGGCCAUUCUGGUGGAGCGUCCAGCCCGCCGUCCGCUGCUCACUUUGUACGUGGCCAAUGUGGCCACGGAGGCGCUCUGGAAGAUGGCCGAAUCCCGCGGCUGGGUGCGCUCCAUUCCAAACGGACAAGCGUUCAUUUUCGGGCUGAGCAUGUCGGCGCUGCUAUAUAUAUACCGACGUGGACACACCGAGGAUUCGAUUUUUAACAUUCUGCGCCAUUUCGUGGGCAAGGAGGAGGCCGGACCAAUACUCAACGAUUGGGAGACAUUGCCCGGGGAGCAACCAGCUCCACCGCAACACCGCCCCACCGUCAGCUUCUCGACCGUCUCCGAUUGGGUGCGCGUCUACAGCAAUCUCCUUAACGCUAAGCACUCCAGCUGCCGCCACAAACAGAGCUGCGUUGCCUACUCCAUCAGCGGCGGCAUCAAGCCCUUUGUGGGUGGCGUUGUUCUCCAGGUGGCCCUGAAGCUGGUUAUGAAUGUCAGCAAGAUAGCCAGUGGCAAAAUGCAGUGGAAGAAGCACAUCUUUGACCGCAGCAUCCUGCCUUUGGGCAUCUUCAUGGGCGGCUUCUCUUUUCUCUAUAAGUCUAUUUCCUGUCUGCUACGUCAUAGCUUCAAUAGAGAUGAGGCCGCAUUUGCCAUUCCUGCUGGUCUGGUGGCUUCGCUGGCCUUCACCAAGUAUCCAGACAAUACAGUGGCCCUGUAUGUCAUGUGGAAGGCUCUGCAGAUACUCUGUUCGAUUGGCCAAGAGAAGGGCAUCAUUCCAGUGAUUCCCAAUUUUAUGCUCUACCUCUACUCCUUCUUCACGGCCGUGCUCUUCCAUGCGGGCAUCCUAGAGCCCAAGACUCUGCGCCCCAGCUACUACAAGUUUCUGCAAGCCAUAUCGGGAGAUAGACUGAGCCGCUUUAAUCUGAGCGCCUUUGAUGUGUUCGGCCUGAGCACACAGCAACAGGCGAUGGACACUAUCAAUUCGUUAAAAAUUGUCGAGAAAUCAAUACUCCCAGCGUUCGCGUUUGCUUCUUAAGCAAAUACCCCCCCUUUAAGCAAACUAUUUGUACAUUCAGUAUCAUUAUUCAGCCAGGUGUAUAUAUAUCUAAGAGUCUCUCUAACCAUCUCUGCGUGUGCCUCAGUGCUGUACAGUGCGUUCAACGUUUCAGUUCUUUGCCACACGGGUCACUAAGCUAAGCGAUUUUAUCACUUGUGGGUAAGGGGGGUGCAUUGUAAAUUAUUUGCGACUGUUUUUUUGUGGUGCCUGUUUUCAAUAAAAACAUAUGUUUAACAAAGA